UACAAGCCGAACCGAAGCCGAAAUGGUUCUUUCGAAGCGUGAUCGAUUCCCAAGGGAUGCUAUCCAAUCACAGCAUCACUAGCACACUGCCUUUGCACGCGUCGCAACACGAGUAGAUGUGGACUUGAUGGAUUCAUCAACGUUGUUCUUAGCACCCAUGUCAGCUAUGUUAUCGUUCCCCAGCUCUCAUGAACGAAAAUCCUAAAAAUUCAACGCUACAUGUCGUGCCCGUGCGCACGGAGACAGCUGGCGCCCACCGUGGCAGAAUUCAAGCUUCUCUCGCCACACGCUCUUCAGACUCUGCACACACCGAUAAGUACAGCUCAUACAGCGCCCCAAACUGAACUGCCUGUAGAACCGUCCAAAUUAUGAAUUAUUCACUUCUUACGGACAGUCCGUUUAACACUGCUUUAUUAUCCCCAGAGGGUCGUGCUGUGUAUCGCAUCGACACAUAUCUCAGCUCAUUUACGACUACCGUCAAGAAAGUCGGUGGUGGGCAGAGUGAAGUGGAGAUUGGAAGGGUAGUGUGGCAGUCUGGUAGACCUGGGACAGCUGUGGUACACGGACACGAGAUAUAUGUCAACAAAAGCAGUUUUUUCAGCUCGUCAAGAACAUUCACAGCACUAAAUGGGCAAUCGUAUAAAUGGACGUUCCAUGAAGGUUCAGCAUUGAUGGCGAGCAACGAUAGCAGGCAAGCCCCAGUUGCCACGUACACACCAUCAACAAGAACAAAUCCCGGGCUACUACAUAUAACCCCGCAUGGUCUGACCAUUACCGGAGAUGUCAUUUUGAGCUUCGUCUGCGUCGAAGGCGAGCGCCGACAUACAAUGAGGAAGAGUCUAAGAUGAUCAUGAUGUCAUGCGGGGGAAUUUCAAACCUUCAAACCUACUUCCGAUCGCUUCAUUUGGAGGUGCUGCGUUCAUCUCUUUCGUUCAUAUGCAUAUGAGUGCAAGUGC